AUGAUCUUCAUUUCGCCGGAAAUCUUUGAGACAUUGUGUGUUCCUAUCCUUGCACUUUCUGCAGGUGCGAUUUUGCAGCAGAGCCCGCGGUCGCAAUCCGCAGGUUUGUUGGUUUCCUUCUUCGGUGCCCAGACGGCCAUGAAUCUCUUCAUGAAGCAGGUAUUUUCGAAUUACAAGUUGCCCGGCGGACUCCAAGGCGUGCCGGCACCUUUCGCGAUCACGGCCAUACAGCAAAUUACAAGCUUCCUCGUCCUUUCACUUGGCCUGCAAGCCGCUCGGUGCUUCGGUCACCAUGCAAACUGCCAGAUGCUGCGAACUCGCAAAGAGGUCAGCUGUGUGCUUUUGUUGGCGGUGGCAUUUGUUUGCAACAUUGGCCUCAACAACCUGAGCUUGUCUAUUCUGGACAUUUCUGUCCACCUCAUCAUUCGCACCGCGGGUGCCUUAGUGAAUCUUGCCAUCGAGUUUGUGGCGCAGCCGGUCUUGACCAACAUCACGGGCGAGGAGGCGAAGUGGCCCCAAGUAAACGGCCGGGACUUGCUGCUGACUCUGUUGGGUACCUUCUUCGCAGGCCUUGUAGUUUGCAGCAAGCUCACCAGCUUCUCUUCGUCGGGCUCUGCUUGGACCUACUACGUUGGCAUCGGGGUGUGUUGCCUGUCGAUGAUCGCUUCGGGCAUCGAACUCAUCGUUGUGAGGACCCUCAGCACCCAGUUGAAGAUGAACGCCUUGGAGGCCAUUCUGAACAUGUCCUUGCCGGCAUCCCUGCUACUUCUGCUGCCGGUGUUCUUCUUCCGACACUCGGUCUCCUGGCCAGGUUCCUCUGCUAUGACCGAUUGGCAGGUUCUGCAGCAGGUCUGGCAGACCAGCAAGCUAGGCAUUGGUCUUGGUGUGCUUUCUGGGAUCUUCGCGACACUGUACAAUGUUAUGUUGUAUACCCUGAGUUCAAAGUUUCAGUCCCAUGUGAUCUCCAUGGCCGGCAACUUCAACAAGAUCGCACUGAUGUUCCUGUCCAUCUACCUCGGCUUGGAAUACCUGCCAAAAAGACCAUGGUCCGAGGUGAUGAUUGCUGGAAUUGUUGGCAAUGGGCUUGCCUUCAUGAUCAUGGGUCUUCUGAAGGCAAGGGAGGUUCCAGUGCCAAAGGCGGAGGCUGUGCCAGAAGUCACCGUCGCCAAGACCAACCAGGCUCUGGUGCAGAGGAAUGACAGCACCGACAGCACGGACAACAGCAAGGUGGACAAUGGUAAAGGGAACGCCCAAUGA